AUGGUUAAAAUUGAUAUUGUUGAAGUGCCUCCCGUCCGCCUCGUCGCCCGGAAAGUAAACAAACAUUUGGCGGGAAAGAGACUCGAGAUCCCUGCGGUAUUUGGCGGUCUUGUAAAAGUUUCGGAAGUCGACAUGAACGGAGUGAAAGCCGCACCUGUUGAUCUCCUUCACGUCCGAGCCGCGUCCCAAAGGAUCCAUGGCUGGGUGCACAGGACUCCCGUGUUCACUUGCCAAGCCCUGGAUGAUAUGGCGGGAAGGGAACUCUACUUUAAGGCCGAGAAUCUGCAGAAAACUGGCGCCUUUAAGGCCAGGGGCGCCUGCAAUGCGCAUCCCUUCUGUUACCAAUACGAUGACACUUCGGAGCAGCACCAGAUAACGUGGGGAGGGCAGUCCAACACAAACACAGCGUAUUUUGAUGAGAAAUCUCCGUCGAACGUCACAGCUGUGGUUGGGAAAAGAGCUCGACUCCCGUGUAAAGUUAUUAACUUCAACAAGGAAGAUCACCAAGUGUCGUGGAUCAGGCAGAGAGACAUCCACAUCCUCACUGUUGGGAUCUUCACGUACACCACAGACGACCGAUUCAAGGUCUUCCACCCCGAAGAGAGCGACGAGUGGUACCUGGAGAUCAACCCCGUGACCUUCAGAGACGCCGGCGUGUACGAGUGCCAGGUGUCAACGAGCCCCAAGAUCUUUCUGCCUGUCUCGCUGUCGGUGGAAGUGCAACAGGCAAGAAUAAACGGACCAGAGGAACUGUUCAUCCAAAACGGCUCAACCAUUAGACUCAUAUGCAUAAUCAACACACACUCCGAGAACGUGGGGACCGUAGGCUGGUACCGAGAUACUACGAUUCUGGACUAUGAUUCGCCGAGAGGCGGCGUGAGCGUGGAAAUCGAGAAGACACCUUUGAAGACGACUUCCAAGCUCUUUCUCACAAGGGCUCUGAAGGGGGACUCGGGAAACUACACAUGCGCGCCGCAGUUCGCUGAGGCGGCGUCGGUUAUGAUACACAUCGUCAAUGGUGAAGAAUCUGCAGCUGUCCAGACUGCCAAAUCAGUCAUGCUUGCCAGAGACUUAAAGCUUCUUAGUACAUGUGUUCUAGUGGCAUUAUCGACCUUAUAUUCACGGUGACCUUUUAUGUGGUGAAAAGUCCAUGUUUGC